UAAAAAAAUUCGAACCAAAUCCUAUCAUAAUUGUAAAUUUUAUCUUUCAGAAGUUUGUAAUUACAUAAUUUAUUUUUAUUUUGUUGUUGUAAAUAUUUUCUGUAUAUGGCGGUGUUGCUAGAGGAGAUUUUGCAAUCGGUGGAAUUAUGGCUAAAGCUGAUUAAAAAACAACAACCUUAUGUGGAUCCUAAUCUCGACCCGGUUUUAUUGGUUCCGGGCAUAGCCGGUUCCAUUUUGAAGGCAGUGGAUGAUGAUCAUGGAAACAGAGAGGAAAGGGUUUGGGUUCGGAUUCUUAGAGCUGAUUAUAAGUUGCGGACUAAGCUCUGGUCUCGCUUUGAUCCUUCUACUGGUAGAACUGUCUCAUUAGAUCCAAAGACAAGUAUUGUAGUUCCUGAUGACAGAUAUGGACUUCAUGCAAUUGAUGUCUUGGAUCCUGACAUGAUCAUAGGACGGGAUUGUGUUUCUUAUUUUCAUGAUAUGAUUGUUGAAAUGAUGAAGUGGGGGUUUCAAGAAGGAAAAACUUUGUUUGGGUUUGGUUAUGACUUUCGACAAAGCAAUCGGUUACCCGAGACACUGGAGAGGUUUGCUAAAAAAUUAGAGUUGGUAUAUAAAGCUUCUGGUGGAAAGAAGAUAAAUAUCAUAAGUCAUUCCAUGGGGGGUCUUCUUGUUAAAUGUUUCAUGUCCUUGCACAGUGACAUUUUUGAGAAAUAUGUGAAGAAUUGGAUUGCCAUUGCUGCACCUUUUCGUGGUGCACCUGGAUACGUCACAUCAACUUUUCUAAAUGGGAUGUCCUUUGUUGAAGGGUGGGAGCAGAAUUUUUUUGUAUCAAAGUGGAGCAUGCACCAACUGCUCAUUGAAUGCCCAUCGAUAUAUGAACUGAUGGCAUGUCCACAUUUUAAGUGGCAACACAUUCCUCUUCUUGAAAUCUGGAAAGAAAAAGAAGAUAGUGCUGGCAACUCUCGUGUAACUCUAGAGUCAUAUCCUCCUAAAAAGAGCAUUGAUGUUUUCAAAGACGCUCUUUCAAGUAACACGGUUAAUUAUGAAGGAGGGGAUAUGCCUUUACCUUUAAACCUCGAGAUUUUGAAAUGGGCUGACGAAACACACAGGCUAUUGUCUUCUGCUAAUGUCCCUGCGCAAGUUAAAUUUUAUAAUAUAUACGGGAUAAACCUUGAGACUCCACACAGUGUUUGCUAUGGAACUAAGGAGGCACCUGUCACUGAUCUCCAGGAACUGCGAUUUUUCCAGCCUGCAUAUGUAUGUGUCGAUGGUGAUGGAACAGUUCCUGCUGAAUCCGCUAAGGCAGAUGGGCUCAAUGCAGAAGCGAGGAUUGGCGUCCCGGGUGAGCACCGUGGAAUUCUUAGUGACCAUCAUGUGUUCAGAAUCCUGAAACACUGGCUAAAUGCAGAUUCAGAUCCUUACUACAACCCAAUAAAUGAUUAUGUGAUUUUACCCACUACUUUUGAUAUGGAGACGCAUAAAGAGAAUGGCGUGCAAGUUACAUCAGUCAAGGAGGAAUGGGAGAUCAUUUCAGGAGAUAACAAUGAGUUUGGGAGUAUGGCUGAUGGAAAACCUGUGGUGAGUUCAAUAUCUGUUUCACAUGCAGGCGAUGGUAAAUCCGAGCAGGAAAACGCGUAUGCUACAUUGGUUGUUCAUCCUCAGAAUGAUGGUAAGCAUCACAUUCAGCUAAAUGCUGUUGGUGUAUCUGUUGAUUCUUGAUGUUGAAUUGUAUGAGGUGGGGGCCAACCCAUUAUUAUGUAUAUGAUUAAGAGUUAUCUGAAUGGUAGUAUUGUGUAAAUAUGUAUAUUUCAUUUGUACAGAAAAGUGGCAAUAAAAUGUAUUUAUAAA